AUGCCUGCGCUAGUGGACCUGCUGAAACAAAAUCGUGUCAGAUUGGUCGGCACACUGUUCGCCGCUCUACUCGGUAAAGAUGCUGGGACUAGGGAAUGUCAGAAACCAGAGCUGAGAGUUAUUGUGUACGGAAGUAACAAUGACAAAGAUUCGGUCGGGACUUGCUUAUCGGACGCAGGCAUGUACCUGCAACAUCCCACAAGCGUGGAGUAUGACCCCAGAUUUCCAUAUGUGAACCCACAGUAUCUUCUGCGACCUGGGAGUGAAAUGCCUCGAAUCGAUGAACUCAGGAUUUCCGACGAUGAGCAGGGCUCGCAGGUUUCGGAGAGGUUGAAUGAAGGGGUCAAGAGUGAGCUAUUCCGGAUUCUCGACACGGCUAGCACCUAUGAUGGGUUCUAUGAAGCUUGCUCCAGUCCAAGGUUGGCGUCGAUUCUGAAACCUCACCAGGAAGUGGCAAUGGCAAUGAUGAUGGAAAGGGAGUCCGGAAAACUGGACGGUCUGAAGUUCCCUUCCAUCUGGGAAGGAAUUGAGGGCCACAAGUACCCGCUGACUGGUGGCAGAUACCGGCAUAGAAUCACGGGGGCUAUCGACACAGACCCUAGACCGAUGCGUGGCGGAAUCCUUGCGGAUGACAUGGGCUUGGGAAAAACACUGAGUCUUCUAUCAUUACUUUGCUGCUCCCUCGAUGCCAUAGAUUGUCUACAAUUACCUCUCGACAGCCCUCGGGCGACUCUGAUCAUUACACCGAAGAGCACUAUUCCGGGCUGGGAGAAACAGAUCAAAACACACAUCAAACAUAACCAACUUCGGUACUUCAUAUACCAUGGCGCAAACCGAGGCAAAGUCAAACCUUCCCUGAUACGCGAGUACAAUAUUGUCAUUACAACGUAUGAUACCAUACGCCAGGAUUGGCGGACAAAGGAUGGUUUAAGCAUAGAGACUUGGUAUCGCAUAGUUCUAGAUGAAGCACAUCGUAUCCGAAGCCGGUCCUCACAGGUGUUCAAGGCGGUGAGCUCCCUGAAAGCGCACGUUCGAUGGUGUCUCACCGGCACGCCAAUCCAAAACUCUAUCGACGAUUAUGGUGCCCUCUUGAGCUUCAUGCAAAUGCCGGUCCUGGAGACUAAGUCCGCAUUUGAUUAUUGGAUUGCUUCGCCGGUGAAGCGCCAGCAACCGGGCUAUAUCCAGACACUCCAAGCGCUCGUGGCUGCCACAGCUUUCCGGCGGACCAAGAAGACGCUCGAUUCCGCCCUUCAGCUGCCGAAAAAGGUUGAAAAAACCGAAUUGGUUCACUUAACGGCCGCAGAUCGGGAAAUAUAUGACUAUUUCAAAGCGAAAGCAUCCAAGACGGCAGCGAAGCUUUCUGGUGAGGCUCAGGAUCCUGGAAAACAAGCCGGUGCAGAUACGACCCUUGCACUGAUUAACAUCCUGCGGCUAAUAUGCGAUUAUGGUGAGCGCUUACUACCUAAACCCGCGCUCGAGCUAUGGCGCAAUCGAUACAGAGAUGCAGAUGCGGUUAUUACCAAAUCUUGUGAAAGUGUAGGCUUGAAUGAGGAAGACUUUGCCUCCGACAAUCGAAGCUCACCGGCUCGUGUUGAAGCUGUUGGUGGCAGUGCCAAGCCUGGGGGCGUGUAUGAUGCUGCGGAAUGUACAGCUGACACUCCUGCUCAAAUGCCGAUGGAGGAAUGUCACGAGUCUUCUUUUGACUUAUCUCCGAAGAUGAUAGCAUUACUCAAGAACUUGGAAAGGGAACAACGAGACACAUCGCAAUCAGGUCUGAGGCCUGUAAAAAGUGUGGUUUUCAGUCAGUGGACCAAGAUGCUAGAUCUGAUAGCUACGGUUCUCCACUCCAAUAACUAUAACUAUGUUCGUCUCGAUGGAGGGUCGACUUUAACGGAUCGCCGGCUAGCGCUUGAGCGACUCACGAGGGACGAGAGCUGCACGGUGAUGCUGGCCAGUAUUGGCAGUGCCGGAGAAGGCAUCAACCUGACAGCAGCCAACUCCGUCCACAUUAUGGAGCCUCAUUGGAACCCCAUGCUAGAGGCACAGGCAGUUGACAGAGUUCAUCGAAUAGGCCAGUCUCGCGAAAUUUCGGUCACAAGAUAUCUCGUUGCCAACUCCAUUGAGGAUUACGUUCGUUGGGUCCAGGAAGACAAGCUAGCAGUCAUCCACCAGUCGUUGGCUUCCGUUCCAACGUCACAGGCAGAUCUUGACCAUAGGCGGUGGAAGGUAUGUGGGGUAUUGUUUUAG